CACGUGUUUGCACAAAGGGUGGAAAAUGAUGCACAGAAGAGGUGGAAUGAGGGUUUUUGGUGCAACUCUGAUACUCUUUAUCAUCUCUUUUAGUCUUCUCAUUGCUUGGGAGGUGGCUAAUCUUGAUAAUCCCUCCACUGCAGCAGUUAAAUCUACUAGAAGUGAGGAUAACAGCAAGGCUAACCUCACCAGCACACUGGCAGAGUUGCUUUUGAAAGUAACUACACCUCUUAACCGCCCUCCACUGGUGAGGUUUGAUUGGUACUCUCGCAAACAGACUCCAGUACACUUUGGAUAUGCAGGACAGACUGCUAUGGCAAUAUUAAGACCUUAUGGCUUUCAGGAAACUCAUUCAGAUGAUUGGGAUCUUUUAUGGACGCUGAUACCACAAUGGGAUUACUUACACACUGCAUCUACCAGGAACCUCCCACGUCCAUGGCAGGUGCACAAUCACUGCCUUUCACUGCACGAUGGAGACGGGAUAUCUGGUACUAAAGCAUCUCAGUGGAAGCACUAUCAGUGUAUGGUUUCAAAAUUUGGAACAGAGAAAUAUAACUACAUGCCAGAGACAUUUAUUUUACCAAGAGAUGUGGAACAAUUAAAAUCAGCACUGGAGUAUGAUGGAGUCCAAAGGCCAUGGAUACUAAAACCAUCAUCAGGGAAGAGAGCUAUAGGUGUGAAAAUAUUAACAGACAAGUCACAUUUACCAACAGACACUCAGCAUUAUGUAGCUCAGCGCUACAUUACCAACCCUCUCUUAGUCAAUGGUAGGAAGUUUCACAUUCGUCUCUACCUCCUCAUUACUAGCCUUCAACCACUGAGGGCCUACCUGCACAAAGAGGGGCUUGUUCUUUUUGCUAUAUCUAAUUACACUAGCAAUCAUAACUCACUCAAGGACUUGAGCAUACACUUAACUAAUGCAGCAGUUGCUGAUAGAGAAAAAAGAGAGAGUGUUACCAAUUCAAUGCUUUUGACAGAGCUAUGGAAAGUUUUGGAACUUAAAGUUAACAUCAGUUAUGUAAAAGAAGAAAUAAAAUCAGUAAUGUCUAAGCUGGUAUUAAGUCAAGGAUGUGGUGGUGUUUUGGAGACAAGAAGUCCUGGUACUUGUUUUGACUUAAUUGGAGUUGAUGUUAUGCUUGACUCUAAUUACAAGGUUUAUCUACUUGAGAGUAAUAAUGGGCCAGAGCUGUAUACUAGCAGAGACAAAACUGAAACUAAAAAAGCUAACGAUUUAGCUCACAAAGCAGUUCUUCAUGAUAUGAUACCAUUAGUUACCAGAGUUGGACACAAUGCAUUACCAAAAUCAUAUGACUUCCAUAAAAGGUUGGUAGAGUACAUGAAUAGAAGUAAUAGACAUUUUUGUGGGGAGCAAGCUGGAUUUGGUGGAAACUGCAUACAAAUAGAAGAGAUUACAAUGUUGUGGCUACAGUUUUAUGAAAUGUUAAAUAAAGGAAAUUUUGAGUUACUCCUUACGGAUCUAUAGAGUUACAAUUAUAUCAAACAGGCUUAGACAUUGUCAGCUGAUAUAGUGAAACUGUUUUUUCUGGUGGCUGUUGCAACAUAUCAAACCUUUUUUGUUGUUUAUUUUA